CCAUCCGAAGUCUUGUAUUAGGCAAACUAUAGAGCUUCUAGUUUCUACAACUCUCUAGAAUGGUUGGAAAAGAUUAGGGAAUAAGAAGAAGUGAGAAACAGGGACUUCCUUGAUUACAAUUGAAGGUUUCAUAGCCAAGAAGUUUCCUUCCACCUUUAGUACAACUAGCGGCCAUGUCGUGAAACAGCUAUCACUCACACACAUACACACACACACACAUGCAUUCCUCAUCAUCGUCAUCCCCCCCCUUUCUUGAAUUUGUCUUGUCGUCUUCCUCCUCCUUCCUUCCUUCCUUCCUUCCUUCCUCAAUCAAACCCAACCCGAUUGAUUCUUUCUCCCUGCGAAGCCAUUAAUCAAGUUCUUGGAGGGGGUGCAGAAGGGAAAAAAAAAAGGAGCAGAGAAGAAGAGAGGAUGUCGGACUGGGGGCCGGUGUUCGUGGCGGUGGUGCUGUUCAUCCUGCUGACGCCGGGCUUGCUGGUCCAGAUCCCGGGCAGGAACAAGCUCGUCGAGUUCGGCAACUUCCAGACCAGCGGCGCCUCCAUCCUCGUCCACACCAUCAUCUACUUCGCCCUCAUCUGCAUCUUCCUCCUCGCCAUCGGCAUCCACAUCAAGAGCUUGGAAGGUUAGAAGAUGGCGGACUGGGCGCCGGUAUUGAUCGGGGUGCUGCUGUUCGUGCUGCUGCAGCCGGGGCUGCUGUUUCAGCUGCCCGGGCACAACAAGCCGGUGCAGUUCGGGAGCCUGAAGACCAACGGCAAGUCCAUUGCGGUGCACACCCUCAUCUUCUUCGCCCUCUACUCCAUCUUCCUCCUCGCCCUCCACGUCCAUAUCUACAUCGGCUGAAUGUUACAACAAUAUAAACUAACAACCAUCUGAGGUUCCUGUAUUUUUCUCUCUUGUUUCUCCUGCUCUUUUUGGGUAGAUUGCGCUUACUGCUCGAAAUCGAUCGGGAUUCCUUUCUUAUGCGGAUUCAAUCUUAUGUUCGUUAUGUAAUCAGUAGUAUGACUUUAA